AUGGAGAAGGUACCACAUUCUGUCUGCACUGAAAGUUGUCAGUUUGGAUACCAAAAGGUUUCUCGUCAAGGACAACCCCUCUGUUGUUUUGAUUGCAUAGCCUGUUCCAAGGGAGAAAUAAACAACCAGACUGAUGCUGUGAGCUGCCUGAAAUGUGAAGAGGAUUUCUGGUCCAAUGAGAAACGAGAUAUGUGCAUUCCAAAAAGCCUAGAAUACCUGUCUUAUGAAGAUCCUAUUGGAGCUACACUAGUUUUUUUCUCUGUUACCCUGAGUGGGUUGUCAGUUACCAUUUUCUGUAUUUUUAUUAAAUUCAAGGAUACUCCUGUAGUCAAGGCUAACAAUUGUGAGCUCAGCUAUUUUCUGUUAAAUGCCCUUACACUCUGCUUCCUUUGCUCCCUAUUGUUUAUUGGAUGGCCUAUGAAACUGAACUGCAUGUUUCGUCAAGUAGUGUUUGGUUUGACUUUUUCCUUCUGUGUGUCAUGCAUUUUGGCAAAAACAGUCACAGUGGUAAUUGCUUUCAGUGCAACAAAGCCAGGAAGUAGACUGAGGAACUGGGUAGGAUCUAGGGUACCUGCUUCCAUUGUAAUCAUUGGAUCACUGGUUCAGAUGAUUAUAUGCCUUACUUGGUUGUCCAUUUCUGCUCCAUUCCCAGAAGUUAACAAGACCUCACAAGCUGGAAAGAUAAUCAUCGAGUGCAAUGAAGGCUCAGCAUUUGCCUUUUGGAGCAUGGUGGGAUACUUGGGUUUGUUAGCUGUUGUCUCUUUUAUUGUUGCCUUCUUAGCCAGGAACUUACCUGGCAGCUUCAAUGAAACCAAGCUCAUUACCUUUAGCAUGCUUGUAUUUGUCAGUGUGUGGCUGUCAUUUAUUCCUGCAUACCUGAGCACCAGGGGAAAAUACAUGGUAGCUGUGGAAAUUUUUGCCAUCUUAGUUUCUAGUGCUGGAAUGCUUGGCUGUAUAUUCUUACCCAAGUGUUACAUUAUAAUACUGAGGCCAGAAAUGAACACCAAAGGGUAUAUGGUUGGAAAAACUGACAUAAAAACUCCAUCAACCAAUAACUGA